GCGUGGAGAGAGGAACUCCCAACACAGUUCCAAACGGCACCAAUGGCCACACGCCUCCUCAUCCAUUUACCGGCGCCCACCGCCGCCGCCGUCCCCACCACUUCUCCCAGGCUACGGAAAACCGCCGCAGCACUCACCGCGUCCUACCGGAGGCACAGGCCACGCCUCGCCGUCUUGGCAGGGGCGGCGCCGAGCGGCGGCGCGGUCGCCCCGGCGGCACCGGCCGGAGAGAACAGGGGCGCCGGGCUGACGCCGGCCGAGGCGCAGCGGCUGGAGGAGUUCCUGAAGGCCGACCUGCCGCACCUGUUCGACGACGUGGGCAUCGACCGCUCCGCGUACGACGACCGCGUCCGCUUCCGCGACCCCAUCACCCGCUACGACGACAUCGACGGCUACCUCGCCAACAUCCGCCUCCUCAAGGUCAUCUUCCGGCCCGACUUCUACCUGCACGACGUCAAGCAGACAGGGCCGUAUGAGAUUACCACGAGGUGGACCAUGGUCAUGAAGUUCUCUCUCCUGCCGUGGAAGCCGGAGCUGGUCUUCACCGGGUUGUCGAUCAUGGGCGUCAACCCACAGAAUCUCAAGUUCUGCAGCCAUGUGGAUAUUUGGGAUUCAAUACAGAACAAUGAAUACUUCUCCUUUGAAGGAUUGGUGGAAGUUUUCAAGCAGCUACGAUACUACAAGACCCCAGAUAUAGAAACACCAAGUUACCUCGUUCUGAAAAAGGCUGCAAAUUAUGAGGUCAGGAAGUAUCCACCAUUUGCAGUAGCCGAAGCGAAAGGAGAAAAACUAACAGGAUCAUCCGGUUUUAAUAAUGUUACUGGGUAUAUAUUUGGCAAGAAUGCUUCAUCCGAAAAGAUUGCAAUGACUACACCUGUCUUCACUCAGGCUUCUGAUGACAAACUCUCAGAUGUAUCCAUACAGAUAGCUCUGCCAAUGAACAAAGACUUGAACAGUUUACCAGCUCCAAAUACAGAAGCGGUUACCUUGCGAAAGGUUGAAGGAGGCAUUGCUGCAGUGAAAAAAUUCAGUGGGCGACCAGAAGAGGAAAUUGUGGCCAAGAAAGAGAAGGAGCUACGCUCCCAGCUACUCAAAGAUGGGUUGAAGCCUCAACAAGGCUGUAUGCUUGCACGUUACAAUGAUCCUAGCACAAAGGACUUUGUGAAGAGGAACGAGGUGCUUAUAUGGCUAAAUGAUUUCACACUGGAGUAGUAGUCUUCACUCUUCACUGUACAUUGCACAGUAUAUUUCUGCAACAACAGACACUGUAUGUUGGAGCUUACAGAGCAUCAUAGAAAGGAGAGAUUACGAGCAGAUGCAAUCUAUGUAUAGAAGAUGUAAAUUCCAAAAGGUAAAAUAGGCCAGAUACUAAAAAUGUAGGUCAUAUGAUUCUCUUUGUAAGCCAAACCAGAAUUGAGUUUUAGGAUAAUAUGUAAGAAGCUCUUUUCUUAUACAUCUGCGCUACUAUUUUCUUCU